AAACCUGUCAGCUCUCACAGAUCAUAAACCCUUAAAAACAAUGGCGACGACCGAUCACACCUCCUCCGACGAAAGCUCGCGUCUCUACAACCCUUACCAAAACUUCGACGCUCCGAUAAAUUCUCAGUACCUCUACAAGCUCCCCACCUCCCCCGAGUACCUCUUCACCGAAGAGUCCCUCAAAAAGCGCCGAUCUUGGGGAGAGAACCUCACCUUCUACUCGGGCACGGGCUACCUCGCCGGAUCCCUAGCCGGAGCCGCUUCCGGGUUCUUCUCCGGCGUCAGGAGCUUCGAGUACGGAGACACGGCGAAGCUGAAGGUGAACAGGAUCCUGAACUCGUCCGGCCACGCGGGACGCUCGCUGGGGUGUAGGAUCGGGGUCGUGGGUUUGAUCUACGCCGGGAUCGAGAGCGGCGUCGUGGCGUAUACGGAUAGGGAUGACGCGUGGACGAAGGUGGUGGCGGGUUUUGGAACUGGGGCUGUGUUUAGGGCGGCGCGUGGGGUGAGAGCUGCGGCUGUGGCGGGUGUACUCGGAGGGAUGGCGUCUGGUGCGUUUGUGGCGGGGAAGAGGGUUUUGAAGCGUUAUGCUUACAUAUGAGUGAUAAUAAAAAUCAUAGCUUUUGAUUUUGUUUCUAGCCUAGUAGCUUUCUGAAUUUUCAUAACAACCUGCGAAAACUUCUUUUAUAUAUUAUUAUACAAUGACAAGGUUUGGUUUUU